AUGAAAGUCUGGGACCCGGAUGUAGCUCUGAGCCCAGGAUGUAGGUCUGUUUGCUGGGAGAGAGGUGUGGUCACUAGGGGGCAGUAUGGGCCCAGGUUUAGGCAGAAGAGGCGGCGGGUGAUGCUGGAGGACUACACUGGGCGGAAGUGGGCGGUGGUCAGGCUGCAGUCCUGGUUCCGCAUGUGGCGCAUCCGCCUCCGUUACCGCCGCCUGCUGCAGGCCACCCGCAUCAUCCAGAUGUACUGGCGCUACCAUAACUGCCACACCAAUGGCUUCCUCCAAGGCAGGUACGAACUCACCGCGAACCAGCUGGGACUCGAACUUGAGAUCUUCCUGGGGUCACAGAUUUGUCGGAUUACAGAGUGCAUCCCCUUCCCAAUAAAGAACUGACCAGGUCUGCUCCA